AUGGCACCGAAAAAGAAAAGGCCAAGAGUGUCGGAUAUCAAAUUUGUCGACUUUCUUGAGAAAGAAAGAAAGACAUUCAAUGAGCAUAAACUUCCAUUAUUGACCUACCAGGACAAUCGGCUACAUUCAUGCCUACGGCUUCUUGAUGAGGACCCGCUAUCCACUACUAUGUCUGACACGCAGCGCUGGGGAAGGUCGCGGGCACGACGAAUUCUGCUCGAAGUUCUCCGACGACAUGGAGAUUCUACUUUUUUGCUUUUCGCAAUUUCCGCUAGUGUUAGUACGAUACAGAAAAUGUCCGACGACACCGUUUUGGAAGUGCACCAGUGGUUUAAUAACAUAACGGAUUAUCCGAUUGGAUUGAAUGUGCCUUUGGGUGCCGUCGACGCCAAAAAGGGCAUUCAGAGCGGCCGUUUCUGGCGUUGUCGGCCCCGGAAACUUCGCCAAAAUGGGCAAUCCGUGGGUGCUGCUUUUAGCCCGGACAGAGCGGCACCCGGACAUGUACCUGUAAUACCAUUAUUUUACCCUCAGCCUGCCCAGUUCACCCCCACCCAGCUAGCUAUGAUCCCUCUCCUGCUGAGCCGUCCCCAUCAGACGCGACCGGCUGAGGACGAUAGAACCCUCAGCGGCGUCACAGUGACGAGGAGGGAAAGGAGCUCCGCUCUUUAA